CUCAAUAGUUAUUGGUUGAUUUUUCUAGUUUUAAAAUAAUAAAGUUUGCCCGAAUAUUCCCGAAUCAGUUCCUGAUUCUCCCAGGUAGGUAUAUUUUUGCGCAAUCUCCAAAAGGACGUAUUCAACAUUUUUAAACCGAUUCAGCCUUGCUUGAGCUUUCAGCCUUCAGCGAUUAUUAUUGUUAGUAGUCUAUCGCAUUCCGAAAAGGAACCAUAAAGUUAACUGAAAAAAAAAUUGUGAAUUUUAUCGAGCACGUUAUUAUGCCUAUGGGAUUGUGGAGAAAGUAUCCUAGGGUACCUUCAAUUAGCGAUUUUCAGAAUGUGGUCUCCUCGACUGGGAGUAUGAUAGUCAUCUCUAACAGGUUGCCGUUUGUACUGCAAAGGAACAAGGAUGGACAACUUGUGAGGAAAGCCAGUGCUGGUGGUUUGGUAACCGCCGUAGCGCCAGUAGUCAUCAACGGCAACGGUUUCUGGGUGGGUUGGCCUGGCAUCCAUUUGGAAAAUCCCAACGAACCGAUUCCAGAGAGCGAUCCCGACGACAUCACUCCCACUGCAGGACUCAAAUCCGACAAAGUGAUAGCAGUACAAAUCGAUCCGGCAGUCUUCGAUUCCUACUACAAUGGAUGUUGCAACGCUACGUUCUGGCCCUUGUUCCACUCCAUGCCCGACCGAGCCAGUUUCAAAGGUGAACACUGGAAAAAUUACGUAACAGCCAAUAAAGAGUUUGCCGAGUGCACGUUGAGAGCUCUUAGACAAUUACCGCGCAACAACACCGAAUCGCCGUUGAUUUGGGUGCACGACUACCAUCUGAUGCUGACAUCUAACUGGAUCAGACAAUAUGCCGAUGAAGAAGGUAUCCCUUGCAAGUUGGGCUUCUUUUUGCACAUACCUUUCCCACCGUGGGACAUUUUCCGGCUGUUUCCUUGGUCUGACGAAAUCUUACAGGGCAUGCUCGCCUGCGACAUGGUCGGCUUCCACAUAACCGACUAUUGUCUGAACUUUGUCGACUGUUGUCAGCGCAAUUUGGGCUGUCGUGUCGACAGGAAGAACCUUUUGGUGGAGCACGGUGGCAGGACUGUUAGGGUGCGCCCUUUACCCAUCGGCAUACCUUUUGAAAGAUUCGUCGAGUUGGCCGAGCAAGCUCCGAGGGUGAUUUCGACCAACCAAAAAAUUAUUUUAGGGGUAGAUAGAUUAGAUUAUACCAAAGGUUUAGUGCACAGAUUGUUGGCGUUUGAGAAGCUAUUGGAAAAACAUCCUGAGCAUUUGGAGAAAGUUUCGUUGUUGCAAAUUGCCGUGCCGUCGAGGACGGAUGUUAAGGAGUAUCAGGAGUUGAAAGAGGAAAUGGAUCAGUUGGUGGGCAGGAUUAACGGACGGUUUACUACACCCAAUUGGUCACCAAUUAGAUACAUCUAUGGUAGUUUGUCUCAAGACGAGUUAGCCGCCUUUUACAGAGACGCGGCCGUAGGUUUGGUGACGCCUCUGAGAGACGGUAUGAAUUUGGUGGCCAAAGAAUUCGUCGCUUGUCAAAUCAACAUACCUCCGGGUGUACUGAUAGUGUCGCCGUUUGCUGGCGCCGGUGAAACUAUGCACGAAGCUUUAAUCAGUAAUCCUUACGAAAUUGAUGAUGCCUCAGAAGUAAUUCAUCGAGCUCUUACAAUGCCCGAAGACGAACGAAUCCUGAGAAUGAACUACUUAAGAAGACGAGAAAAACUCAACGACGUCAAUUAUUGGACGAAAAGUUUCCUAAGCGCGAUGGGUUCUUUACAAACGGCCGACGACCACGACGAAGUCGGUUCGAUUCUGAUGCCCGCAGUAACUCUGGACGAUUUCGACGAAUACCUGGCCAAGUACAUCGGCAACUCGCUGAAAUUGGCCCUUUUGCUGGACUACGACGGUACUUUGGCCCCGAUAGCGCCUCAUCCGGACUUGGCCAUAAUCCCGGCCGAAACUAAAAAAGUCCUGGAAAGGUUGUCCAACCUGUCUGAUGUCUAUAUUGCUAUAGUGAGUGGCAGAAAUGUCGAUAAUGUUAAACAAAUGGUUGGCAUCGAAGGCAUUACUUAUGCUGGUAAUCACGGCUUGGAAAUUUUACAUCCGGAUGGUACAAAAUUCGUUCAUCCAAUGCCUACGGAAUUUCAUAAUAAAGUAGGCGACUUGAUGAGACAAUUACAAGAAACUGUUUGUAAGGAUGGAGCUUGGGUUGAAAAUAAAGGUGCUUUGCUGACGUUCCAUUUCAGGGAAACUCCUCAUCAUUUAAGGGCCGAUUUAGAAACUCAAGCAACGAAAAUGAUCGAAGACGCAGGAUUUACUGUUGGUAAAGCGCACUGUGCCAUCGAAGCCAAACCUCCGGUGCAAUGGAACAAGGGUAGAGCUUCGAUUUACAUUUUGAGAACGGCAUUCGGAGUGGAUUGGAGCGAGAGAAUACGAAUCAUUUACGUUGGAGACGAUGCCACCGACGAAGAUGCUAUGAUGGCUCUGAAAGGUAUGGCAGCUACUUUCCGUGUCACUUCGUCGCACAUAAUCAAAACAUCAGCGGAAAGACGUUUGCCUUCGACCGAUUCAGUACUGACCAUGUUGAAAUGGGUGGAAAGGCAUUUGAGCAGGAGGAAGCCUUCGAUCGAUCCCGGCAAUUACCGAAGAAAUUCGAUGGCAAAAUCAGUUACUUCGGCUGUUCAAAUUGAAAUGUCCAUGCAAGUUCCUGGCAAUUCUAGUCCACCAUCGCCCAGCAAAAGUACGAAUUACUUAAGCCCGACGUCGAACAACAAUUCGAAUAAUUCCCAUUAGUGAUUUUGUUUUGUGAUCAAUUUUUUUCUUGCUUAUUGUGAAAGUGAAUCCACUCCAAAUAAUAAUUUGUCCCAAAUCUAAGAUUCAAUACUCGUAUUUUUUAUGUAUGUAUAUUAUAUGUUUUUUUUUCAAUAAUUUAUCGUGGAUUCUUUAUAUAUUUAGUUAAAAAGUAAUAUCUUGUAAUCGAAGCAAAAAUAAUUAUUGACCCAAGACUAGAAUUCGUGUAGACUGAUAAAUUGAAUGUUUUGCACAUACGAAGCAGAAUUUAAAAUAUUUAUUUCUUUUAUUGUGAAAUAUGUGUCUUUUUUUUUUAAAUAGUUUUUAAUGUAAUAUUAAUAAUAAUAAUAAUAUACUCUUUGUUGUUCGUUAAGCAAUUGAUUGACGAGCAAACUUUCACUAUACAAAAACCGAUUCCUAAAACAAUAUUUUUAGAUCCGAAGCAAAUAUACAAGAUUUAAUAAUUAUUAUUUUCAUUCUCAUAUAAAUUUUCAUCCCGCACGUCCAUAUUUUAAUCAUAAGAAGUGAAAAAAAAUUAUAUCUUGUUGUC